ACCAACUUUUAACGGAACACCGUGACUUACGUCAGCAGGGAGCCUGUGUAAAACGCCACACACGAACGUUUGGUUGUCCUGACAGUGGUCGCUGUUAGUGGGAGUGGUCGUGUGGACAUUGUGAGGCUCGGCAGCAGGUUUCAUCAACGCGCUGAAAGAUGGCAGCCGACAUGUACGCCAAAGCUAUGGAGAACCAGUUACUGCAAACUGCCAAGCUGAUGGAGGAACAGUUAGAUUCAGAACUGGAGAAGCUGGACAAGAUGGACGACGAUGAAAUGGAGCGUCUGAAAGAAAAGCGGCUGGAAGCUUUAAAGAAGGCACAGCAGCAAAAGCAGGAAUUCAUUUCCAAAGGACAUGGAGAAUACAGAGAAAUACCCAGUGAGAGAGAUUUCUUCCAGGAAGUGAAGGAAAGCAAAAAUGUGGUCUGCCAUUUUUACAAAGAUUCUACUUUCAGGUGUAAGAUCGUGGACAAACACUUAGCAUUACUGGCUAAGAAGCAUAUUGAAACAAAAUUCUUGAAACUGAAUGUUGAGAAGGCUCCCUUAAGUGAGCGACUGCGCAUUAAAGUCAUCCCGAGUCUCGCACUAGUAAAGGAUGGGAAAACAAAAGAUUACAUUGUCGGUUUUACCGAUUUGGGCAAUACAGAUGAUUUCACUACAGAGACCUUGGAAUGGAGACUUGGUUGUGCCGGUAUCAUUAACUACAGCGGAAAUGUUAUGGAACCUCCUUUUCAGAGUCAGAAGAAAUCUGGCUCUCGCUUCACAAAGCUGGAAAAGAAAACCAUACGAGGAAAGAAAUAUGAUUCAGACUCUGAUGACGAUUAGACGGCCAGCUUAAUGUUCCUCUGAGUGACUGAGCCUUCUUUAUAUGUUCUAGAUCUUUAGGUGUGCAGACCCUUCCAUGCUAUGGCACUGAGGGCGAGGGCCUCACACAGAUUUACACCUACGUCCCAAUCAACGCCUCUUCAGGUUUGAUGGCUUCACACACCUACGUAUCCAGUGACUACACUACCACUGGUCUUCUUAAGCUCCUUUCUUGUAACGUGAUGGGUCUCAAUACACCAAUAAAAUGUUUUAAAUAA